AUGGGCGUGACCACCUACCCCAAUGCCCUGCAAGUCCUCCUCCAGGCCUUCUGCAAGAAGAGACAGAAACCUAGGAGGCCAUUACUGCAGCCCCUUCCUCCCAUCAGGAUUCCAAGGCCAAGAAGGCCCAGGACCUGUGCUCAACUGCCUAGUGUCCCCAGCAGUGACACAUUCCUGGCUCAGUACAGGUCCUCGGCCAAUGUUUGUAUGACCCAGUGCAGCAGAAGAGUUACACAGAGGAUAGAUACUCUGGAAAAAUUGCAAAUGGAAGUAAAUGCUAAUGCUGUCUCAGUGUCACAGGGCUAUAAAAAGGAGAAUCAUGGGCUCCAAAGCCAAUUGGAAGUUCUGGAGCCUUUGAUGUGUCGUUGUGUUGCUCAUCAGAACAGCCUUUUGCAAGGGCCAGUGGCUCUCAAAGCAGCAUCCCCAGACCUGCAGCAGCACUACCAGGAUCUCUCGGUUUGCACAAGAGUCUCUUUCAAGUUAUAUGAAAGGACUGCCAUCCACCAGGAGCAGUCCCGUGGCUCGCCUGGCAGAUUCCAGCCACCUGGAGACCCACUGCCACCCCAGGGGGAAUUCCCAGGGAUGCCCCAGCGUCAGGCAGAAGACACGCAGGGGGCCCGCCUAUCCUCCCAGCCUUCUGAAUUUUCAGGAAAGCACAGCUAGGAUGGGCAGAAGACAGGAUUCAGGAGCUCUGGAAGGUUCUCUGGGAAGGGGUGCUUAAGGUCCAAACGAGAGCCAGACCCAAGCCAGGAUCGAGGGUAAGAGCUGGAGAGGAUCCCAGCAGAUCCACCCGCAGGCUCAGGAAGGACCUCAGUGAAGCUUCUGGAGGAAGACAAGCAGGAGGCAGAAGGUGACUUCAGGAGGCCCUGGAAGAACCUAUCAGUAAGUUCCGCACCCGGGGACCCAGACAAGGAGCGUCCGGAAAAUAAGUUGCAAGUCCAUCUGGGCAGGAAGGUGGAGAUCAAGGAGGGCCGGAUCCCCAUGCCUGUGCGUCACUCUCGGCUCAUGGCCAAACGUGCUUUUCCCAAGUCUGACACCUGCCAGGACCGUGAGAAGCUGGCACCCAGGAGAGGUGAGAAAGCUCACGUGAACAUCCAGGAGCUUUCCUUCCUCUGUCCCUGAACCCAGCACAUGCUGGAAGCACAUCUUUUAAGGUUUCGUGUGAGGCACAGGUGGUGUCCACACCUCCGGUCCCUGGAGCCCAUAAAUGUCCGGUCACUUGAGGCUCAGCCCCUGCCCCUCCCACACUCCACCUGUCUCCCCUUGGCCUCCUGCGAGUCUCGGGUUGAAUCUGUAGCCGAGGUUGCCAUUUUCCUGGGAAAACCUCCCCAGAUUGGUCCAGGAGACAGCUGGACAACAAGCAAGUCAGUCCCCACCGUGAGCGGCCCUCUCCCUUCCCCACCACCGGAGCAGGAGGAAGUCCAGAGGGCCCCGAGAGGGUCCCAGUCAGCUGACACGGGGAGAUCAGAGGCAUCUCCCACUGGACAGAAGAACAGGGGGUCUCAACCCCUCACAUGUAUCCCUGGGGGCAGAACCUGGCACAGGGAGAUAGUCCCAGGAUCAGGAGAAACCAUUCUAGAGGCGAGUCUAAGUCCAGCAAUGACUGGGAAUGAGCCGUGGCCUGAAGACCCCUGGAGUAGCAGAGUCCUGCAGGAGCUCAAGGUAGGGUCCCCGUGGGCAAACGCUGAGGACACCCUGGAGCCCCUGGAGGUAGGGGAGGAGAAGCCUCCCUCUUGGGAAGUCAUCUUGGAAGGCAGUGUGAAGGCAAAUUCGGGAAGCAUUCAGGUGGAUCUCAGGAGACCAGGGGCUCUGGGGACCACAAGUAACUCCUCAGUGUCCACAGUCUGUGUUGCUGAGAAUCCAAAGAAGCUGUGCCUGAAAGCACAGGUGGUCAGUGAGAUCGAGCUCAUAGUGCAGGUGGUUCCAGAGGAGCUGCCAGGCUGUGCCUCCGGCAUCCUCCUCCAGGACGGCGCCACAGGCCUGUGCCUUUCUGGCCGCCACAUGGACAUGCUCCCCACCGCAGACAUGCCACCUGCUCAGGCCCCUCUGUCCACCUCCCAGAGUGUGUCCAGUCAGAACACCACAUCUUCCCAGGGGCCACGUGACCUCCUAUGGACAGGAGGGAAAGGCCCAGGGCAGCAGGAGCCUGAGAGCCCAAAAGCGAAGGCCCCACAGAAGAGUCUGAGGGCGCUGGGCUCUGCAGACAAAGGAAGGCCCAGACCAGGGGAGCCGGGACACGGGACCAAGAGACCCAGGACCUCAGAAGCCAGUGGGAGGAGCCACCCUGCCCACGCCAGGAAAAUAGGAGACAAACAGGAAAGGAAAUUCGUCCACCCUCAGCCGGAGAAAGGACAAGCACCUCCAGAAAGCAACUUCCGGAGACAGAUCACCCACCCUCCUACAGGAUCUACCCCCAGGAAAAGAGGCGCAGGGCAGGAAGACGUCCUGCAGAAAGGCAGGCCUGGGACAGCUGGUGUCCAGAGUCACAAGUCUGGCCCAGCAAGGUUGUCCUUAGACAGCAUGGCUGAUGAGACCCGGGCCAUCAUCAGAGUUAAGGGACAAAUCUUGCUGGACAAACGGGGGCUUCGGCGGGGAUGUGGUCCCUCAGAGGUCAAUCGCCACAAAGGCGACCUCCAUUCCCAGGAGAAUGUGCAUUCCUGCUGCCACAGGGGUUACUGCCACCAAGAACACAGCAGAGAGAUGCGCGUUCUGACCUGCAGCCCCAAAGCCACCUCCAAGGGCCAUGACUGUAAUGUUAAAAAUAGGGGCAGCAGAGACAGCAAUUGGACCCCACAUCCCAAGGAGCCUGCAUCCCCAGCUGGUCACCACCACCACAGGCCACAGGUGGCAAGCACCUCAGGCGGGCCCAUCCACAGCCUAUGUCUGGUUUCCAAACUGGAUCAUGACCCGGAGCCUUUGAAGGACAGCAAACCCUAUGGAGACCCCGCAUGGGCUCCGGCUGACUGCAUCCCCCGUUCUCACCAAGAUGACUUCUGUGCUGCUGUAGGGGCUGGGUCUGCAGGGGCCUCACGGACUGAGGGGGUGAGCAGCCUCCAGGACGAGGCUCCCAGCUUGCUAAUGAGUGUGGGGUUGGCGUGUCAGGGGUGCCCAGGGCUGCUGCCUGCCCCUCUGGUGGAACUCUGUGGUCAGGAACCAGCAAAGGGGACCUUAGGCCCAGGGUGGGAGGUGGGAGAAGAAUCAGGGAAGAUGAACAUAAGUUCGCAAGUGCAGGAUCCACAAGCUGCCCGCUGCUGGAACCAGGGUCCUCACAGUCUGGUGACUGCUACAACCAAAAGUGGCCAGGGCCACUCCCAGGGUAGGGGGACCCCGAAGGCAAGGGCUGGCGUGGGUCACAUAGCACAUCUAUGGCUCCGGGCCCAGGUGCUGGCAGGGAACACAUGGGGCCUCAAAGGAUCUGGUCACAUGGUUGGCAGGGACAGUCCCCACAGGGCAGGGUCCUGCACCCCCUCUGUCCUGGCGCUGGUCCCUCCUGGGCAUCCCCAGGGAAGGCAGAAGCAAAGGCUGAGCAGGCAAGAGCUGGUUCCCCAGAAGGCUGUGCCUAGGGCCCUUCUGCCCAGGGAGAGCUUUAUAUCUGCAGGGGUGAUGGAGGCUGAGGACAAGGGGACAUGCGUGUCCCCAGGCCUGGUGGAACCCAUGCAGGACUACUGCUGGAGCCAAGUCCUGUCUGGGAUGGUGACCUGGGAAGCUCCAGUGUGGGCCCAACAUCUAUGGGACACAGGGUCCUGA